UCCACAAAAACAACAGACUGCGACAACCUCCUCGCCACACACACCCAUCCAAAUCUCUUCUUCCACUCCUUACCAGCAACAGGCAAGUGCAUACGGUAAGGAAGCAACAGGUACAACAGCUCCGGAGAUUCUUGGAUUGGUUCUUCUGUGAAGAUGGUGGCGCCCAUGGUGAUCGCGUCGGCGGGGCUCCGGAUGCUGGCGGGCGUUGCGAUGGCGAACCGGGGAGACGGGCUGCCGGCGGCGUCCAGGUGGGACGCGCGGCCCCGUUGCUCCACGUGCAGCGGCACCGGCCGGGAGGAGUGCCUCUGCAGCCGUUGGUCCGACGGCGACGUCGGCUGCGGGACGUGCUCUGGGUCUGGCCGCAAGCGGUGCCGCAGCUGCGGAGGCUCUGGCACCGGUCGGCCGCUCCCGGCGCGACUCAUCGUCCAGGAGCAGAAGCUGCCAACCCCGCCCGGGCGACGCGGAGACUACAACUGAUAUUCGUCGGCAGGUUUCCCAGAGGAAAUCAGUUGUGCAAUUAGGCAGAACUGAACUAACGCACGAGUGUAUAUGCAACAUGUUCACUCCUUCUCACAAAAGUUUACCACGUAUAGCU